ACGACUUUCUUCCAAGCGGAAUUCAGGGAGAAUAUAUUGAUCUGAUCAAAGCAUAAAGGUGGAGAAAUAUUUUAACAAUAUAUAAUGAAGAAGAUGAGCAGAUUAUUAAUUUUAAUUAAUAUUAAACAAGGUGAAGCAAGGCUCAUAUAAUCUCACGGAAAGGUUAAAAGCGUAAAUCCACUACCCGGUGGAUAUAACAUAACAAAACCUCUUUUAAGUAGAAAAGUAUCUAAGAAAUUUUUCGUGAAGAUAUGAUGGACAGCAAUCACUGCAUGCACUUUGUUGAGCGCAAGAAGCGAUUCUGCCGCAUGACAGUGCAAAAAGGUCAUCGAUACUGUGGCGAGCAUCAACUGUGGGACAUCGCUGGCUGCGAUACCAGGAAUGAGAGAGUGCCAUGUCCGUUGGAUCCAACACACACAUGCUACAGAUCCAAACUGACGAAGCACUUGGGCGUGUGCAACGUCAAGCGAAGGCUGGACGCGCAGCCGACGUUUGUGGUUGAAGGAACAAACUUGGAUGAUGAGACUAUCGUGACGCCGCCGCGCGUACCACUGUCGCAGCUCAACGAAUCCGUCGUAAGAAUGGUGAUAAGGAAGAUUCAUGCUGCCUAUGAUGAGCUACCAGAAUUUUUCCAAACGAUUCUAAGGCAUAACGUGCUAGAAGACAAAUUAAAUGAUGAAACCAGCGGCAGUAAAGUUAGAAAGCAUUUGCUCCAAAAUGCAUCUCUGCUCGGGCAUCUGGAACAAGCUGGUCUUGUGCAAGACGACACUUGUUUUAUCGAAUUUGGAGCUGGAAAAGCUCAGUUAACAUAUUGGUUGGGGCAGAUUAUAAAGGAUAAGUCAAACUCUUGUAUAUUACUAGUCGAUCGUUCUAGUCAUCGGCACAAAAGCGACAAUAAGCUUAAGAGAGAGGAAAGUCGCCUCGCAGUGAAAAGGAUACGCGCCGACAUUGCUGAUCUGCAGCUGAAUCAAAUCUCGGAGAUCCAGCCGAUCAAAUACAAGGUCGGCAUAGCAAAGCAUCUCUGCGGAACAGCCACUGACUUGGCAAUACGUUGUUUAGUAAAGUCGAUGAACAGCGAACCCAAGGUCGAUGUACGCGGUCUAAUCGUCGCGUUUUGUUGUCAUCAUAAAUGCGAGUACUCGUCAUACGUGGGCAGGAAGUACUUGCAACAAUGUGGCUUCACUACGGACGAGUUUCCUGUUCUAUGCAGCAUAGUCAGUUGGGCGACUUGUGGCUGUCGUUUAAAGAGCGACGUUAACUCGCCAAGUGACGCAACAUCAGACACUGCUAGCAGAAUUUCCUCGAAAUCAGACGAACGUGAAGCUAUCGGGCGCAAAGCUAAAACACUGCUGAAUUGGGGUCGUUUGGUUUUUUUGAAGAGCGUUGGAUUUCAGGCUGAGCUGCUUUACUAUAUUUCCACCGAUAUUUCGUUAGAAAAUAUGUGCAUUGUGGCUACUCGAGAACGUUCGUCGUAAUUGAAAUAUGUUGAAUUUAUCAACUUGUACGUUGUCUUAAAAAUUAUUCUCAUUUUUUAUAAUAAAUUACUUAUUUACGUAAAUUUAUAUUUCAAUCAAAAUAUCAACAUGAGGUUGGCUGUUACCGUCCGUUGAUUUCCGCUUUUACUUAUCAUCCUAGUCGGUAUAGUUAAUUUUUUGAUUUAUCAAUCUCGAACUUACCGACUUAAUUGAAUGUGAGUUGAAGUAGUACGCAAGUCACAAAUAAUCUCCCCCACUGAACAAAAUGCCCCGCCCAAUACGAGUGAUCUAACAUCGUUCAAACAUUCCAUCGUACGUUCGAGGUUCGAUGUGAAGUGUGGAGUUGGUCCAACCUGCUCCUUUUCUUAUCGUCCAACUUCCAGGAUAGCCCUUUACCACCAAGAGGAAUUGGUAUCGACAGCACGAAGAGAGGAGAAAAAAAAAGAACCGCCAUUGAG